UGAGGAGAAGGGGAAAACAAUCUCAGCUUUGCGAUACAGCAAAGAAUUUGUUGGGGGUGCAGAUGAAAGUACAAUGUUUUAGUAAAUAUAUGUAAUUUAGCUAAUCCAUUUUAAGUGUUGUUUCAGCUGAAUAGGUUGUAAAAGUUGCUAUUGCGACUUGUGGGGCGCUAACUUGUGGGAUUAGUUUGCAUGCAGCCCGACAGCGGAGGUUGACUGCUGUGGGAUGGGCUGUGAGGUGUUCAAGAUGGCGGCGCCCUGUGGAGUGCAGCUACUCUAACAGUGUAUGAAUUGGUCUUGGUGUGAUGUAGAGGUGCCUGGAGACUGUAUUGGUGGGUGGCCUCAGGAGUCCUCCAGGCAGGCAGGGACGGACACCGUGAGAGAGAGAGAGACGCUGCCUCAACCCCCAGCACUGCCACCACCAUGGCCAGGGAGCAGCCCAACGUGGGGGACCUCCUCCCACUCCUGGAGACCUCCGACCUCCACCAGCUAGAAGAAAUCAGAGGCCUCAUCAACGAACAGCUCAGCACUGAGCGAGGGUCCAUGCUGCUGAAUGGGCUGGUGGACUACUUUUUGGAAACAAACUCUGCCCAGGCUAUGCAUAUCCUCUCCUCAGUCAGAGAGCCGCAUGAUAAGCACCUUCUGGACAAGAUGAAUGAGUGCAUGAGCAAACAGGCCUGUCGACUGCCCACCCUCACCCUGCUUGGACAUGUAAUCCGCAAGCAGCCGUCCUGGAUCCACAAGAUUGCCCGAUACCCUCUGCUUAUCUCGCUGCUCAAAUGCCUAAAGACGGAUACUGAUGUGGUGGUGCUGAUUACUGGAGUGCUGGUGCUGAUCACUCUGUUACCCAUGAUCCCUCAAGCUGGGAAACAACACCUGUGGGAGUAUUUUGACAUCUUCGGCCGCCUCGCAUCUUGGAACCUUAAGAAUCCUGGCCAUGUUUCAGAGGUUUACCUAAUCCACUUGCAUGCCAGUGUCUAUUCACUCUUCCACCGUCUCUACGGCAUGUACCCGUGCAACUUUGUGUCCUACCUGCGCUCCCAUUACAGCAUGAAGGAAAACAUGGAAACCUUUGAGGAAGUAGUCAAGCCGAUGCUUGAACACGUUCGUAUUCACCCAGAACUGGUGACAGGAACCAAGGACCAUGAGCUUGACCCCACCAGGUGGAAAAAGUAUGAAAUCCACGAUAUCGUGAUCGAAUGUGCCAAAGUGUCUCUAGACCCCAAGGAGGCCUCCUGUGAGGAGGGCUACGCCACCAUGCCUGAGAACUUUUAUCCCCAAAUCCACCUGCGACCACAAGACUGCACUUCCAGCCCCUACGCAGACCUCCACAGCAGCUACGGAAGCUCUUCUUCGACCCCAUUCUCGACUCCACGGCAGCCGCAACUCCCGCCCCUGUCCUUGCCCCCCUUCUCAGGGACACAGUCCACCUACCGCAGCCCGCAGACCUCCAGACGGCAGAACUCCACCUGUGAACUGAACUCUUCCUGUGGGGGGAAGGACCCUCUGUGGAGCCCCUCCUCGUUGUGUGGCAUGGCCACGCCCCCCUCCUCCAGGGGCAUGUCGCCCAACUUGGAGCUCUCCCACAGUGCCUCACACCUUCCCAGCCGCUUCCACUGCACAUCAGGAGGGAAAGGAACACCUGCCUCUAGCACUCCAGCCACCUCUUCCCCACCUCCUACCCUAUCAGAUGACUUCCCCAUAAUCUCCUUACCAGCUACCACAGUCCAGUCCAGUCCACCAAGAAAGGAUCGCAGACAAGGAGAAAGCAGCAAGGCAGCACUGGUGAGACAGGAACCAGUGAAAGAUACAGAGAAGAGUGCAGAAUUAGCCACAAACAGAGAUGCAGGAACUGCUGAGAACGUCUCCAUGACUUUGACAGAGCUGUCGGUCUUCAUGAAGAAACAGGAGCUGGAGCUUCAGUUGAGAACGGAGAAAGAGAAGGAAGAGGCUGCCAUCACAGAGGAGCUGCUGAAGAUCACUGAGGAUAAGCGGGAGCCGUCUGGCCUGAGGGGCUUUGAUUCCCCUUUCUAUCACACCACCGAGACUCUGACUGGCUGGCAGACACAAGACAAGAGCCUCUCUAAUGCCCAUACCGGAGCCCCCGUCCGAGACACCCACCAUGUUGUGUCAACGCCAGACAAAGCGGAGAACACUGCAAGUACCAGCGGUGUUGGGAGUGAAAGAGGAGGGGGAGGAGGAGCAGGAGGAGACAGCAGGAGUUCAGCCUUCGGACUUGAGCAGUCCUGGUCCUUCCAGUCAGGUUUUACCCCCAUCGAUCACCACCUCCUCCGGAGCCCCUCUGCCCCGGAUGAUGAGUUGGGCAAGUUUGGGAUGUUCUCUCCAAGCCCAUGCAACAAGACCCCGGUGCCCUAUGAGUCCUUUUUCAAGCUGGCCCUGCCCAGAGCGGCGUCACUCUUCGUUGGCCAGAAGACGUCAGAGAUGGUGCACAAGGUGGCGAUGGAUAGACUGUCGCAGUGGGAGGAGGGGUUGGAGGACGGGGAGGAGGAAGGGGUCUCAUCUGCUUCACCACUGGAGGUGCUGGAUCGCCUUGUUCAGCAGGGGAGCGACGCCCAUGAUAAAGUGCUCAAGAGAGCCUGCCCGGGUUGUGUCCAGUCUGUUACUGCAGCUGAAAGGAAACACCCAGUUCUGAACAAAUUACCUUUGCCAAGCAAGUCAGCUGACUGGACGCACUUCGGAGGCUCAGCUCCGCUGGACGAGCUUCACACGCUGCGCAGCCAGCUGCUCCUGCUGCACAACCAGCUGCUGUACGAGCGCUACAAGAGGGAGCAGCACGCCGUCCGCAACCGACGCCUCCUCCGACGCAUCAUCAACGCCACUGCGCUGGAGGAGCAGAACAACGCUAUGAAGGACCAGCUGAACCUGCAGAGCGUGGACAUCCUGUCACUGAGAGAGAGUCUGCAGGUGGAGCAGCAGCGGUACAGGCAGCUGUGGGAUGACCGGGAGACGGUGGUGACCAGGCUGCACAGUCAGAUCCGACAGCUGCAGCAGGCGCGAGACGACUACUACACCAAGAACCAGGAGCUGCAGAGCAAGCUGCAGGAGUGUCAGAAAAGUAUGGAUGAAAUGGAGGCGGAGCUUCAGAGGGCCAACAACAAAGUCUGCCACACAGGUCACCUCCUCAACCAGAUGACUAUCAAGCUGAGCAACAGUGAGAGCACCCAGCAGCAGAUGAGCUUCCUGAACAAGCAGCUGCUGCUCCUCGGGGAGGCACAUAAGCUGUCCAUGCAGGAGUUACACCACACAGGCGCUGAUGAUACAAAGGAGGCCCAGAUGCUGCAGGUGUCUUACAGGAAGGAGGUGGAAACACUGAGGCAGAGCCUGCUGGUUCAGGGUCAGAAGCUGGAGGCAGCGCAGCAGAGAGUCGCCGAGCUGGAGACCCACCUAUCCAAGAAGGAACAUCUUAUCGUCGAGCAGAAAAAGUUCCUCGAGGAUGUAAAAUGUCAAGCGAAGGCGGAGCUGCAGGCCUCAGACAGCAGGUAUCAGGCUCAGAGGAGAAUCACUCAGCUGCUGCAGACUGAACUCCUGCAGCUCUACAGCAGAGUGGAGAUGGAGGCUCCUGCCAGCACCACUGUCGGUUCACCACUAGGGGUCAGAGCAGACCCACACAUUCAUGCUGACUCCAGCAUCAUGGUGCCAGAUGGACCAAGUAAAACCUCCACUAACGAGGAGGCGGACAGUAGACCACAACACGACUCCCCUCGGGGCAACGGCAGCACUUUAUCGCCCGGGCAACCAAAGGCGAGCAACUCUUCCAAGACAGCAACCAACUCUAUUAACGGCAGCCAGGAACUGGCCCCAUCACUUUUGGUGGAGUCCUCCCUGUCCUGUCCCCAUGCUAACCCUCUUGCACCCCAGCCCCCCUCCAAUGCGCCGCUAACUGUGGGCUCGUACCCCAGCGCCAAGAGCUUCCUGGGCAUGAGGGCGCGCGAGCUGUUCCGCAACAAGAGCGAGAGCCAGUGUGAUGAGGAACAACCGCCACCCCGCCUGGCCGGCCUCGCCCACGACCUGAAGACUGAGCUGUGCGUGGAGCCCCCCUGCCCUCUUUAUGUCGCCCCUGCACCUUGCUCCAUCCCAACUCAGCCCCCUGUUCCAACACCUGCCCUCUCCCCCGCCGCUCCUCUCAUUGUGCCCACCAAGGAGCCCCAUUCUGAGCCCAAGCAGCGUGCCUCUAGCCAAGAGAGUCCCUGCAGGAAGGCAGGGGCAGGGCCAAUUGGAGUCCGAGGUCACGUGGGGUCAGGGCGCCCCCGGCAACAGCAGCUAAAGAUCAUGGACUAUAAUGAAACACAUCAUGAGCACAGUUAGAGACACAGAACUGAGCCGAGGCGUAGGGUAAAAAUGGACAGACUGAAGUUUAAUGAUGAAGGAGAGCUACAAAUCAACAAAAGAGUAACAUGUCAGCAACUCUUUGGAAUUCAGUGUUAUUUGUUCCAUUUCUCUGAGUGGACAACAGGAUUUCCCCCAGUGUUUUUCUACUUUUUCUUUCUUUUUUUAUACUGAUUCAUUCCCCUGAAGAAUUUUGACAAGGUUACAGGGAUGCAAAGUUAAUUGUUACUGUUACCAGUGGAGAUACUAGACUUUUGAAUACAUUCAUGAGAAAGACUUGACACUGUGAGUUUGACGUUUCAGCGGUCAGUUCACCCAAACUACAAAAAUGUAUAUUUUCCCACUUGGCUCCAGAUUUAUUGACCAUGCAGACCGUUUUUUUUAAUUAGUGGACUCACCCAUUCUAAGAUUCUGCAACCUUUUUGUUGAAGUUGCAGCUACAAUGAACCAACCCACCCCCCUUGUACUACUGUUGGUUCCAAAACCCCUUCCCAAUGGUAGCCAGUGCAUGCUCAUUUAUCUACGAUGGUGCAGGUGCUUUGCACUGUUGCCUCAUAGCAAGAAGGUUUUUUGUUCCAAUCCCAGCUGGGGCCUUUCUGUGUGGAGUUUGCGUGUUCCCUCUGGGUCCUCCAGCUUGCUCCCACAUUCCAAAGACAUGCAGGUUAGGUGGGUGAGGUUAACCGGGGACUUUAAAUUGAUCCAAUUAAAUGGAAUGUGAGCAUGAAUGAUUGUUUAUCUCUAUACUGUAUGUCACCUGUGAUGAACCGGCGACUUCCAAGGUGUCCCCUGCCUCUCGCCCAGUAUCAGCUGGGAUAGGCUGCAGCCUCCUGCUCAGAAAGAUGAUAGACAGAUGAAAAAACAAAACUGUUUCUGAUUCUUCUUGUUUAAUUUUUUUCCUCUUCAAAAACAUCAAAACAACCAGUAAGAGCUCCGACACCAGACCGAUAAGUAGUAUCAAUAAGAGUAGUAGUACAAUUAUAAUCUUAGCGAUUCCCAUCCCUAGCAGUGAGCACCACAUGCAGAGUUCGUCUCUCCCUUGUUGUGUUGGUGUGGACACAGGAAUCUCAGGGACACCUGUCUCAGAACUUGGAGAAAUAAAACCUAAGCUAUUUUCUCUUGUUGAUAGCACUUGAGCUAAGUGAGUGUAAUUUGGGUGUGCUGACCCUUUAAACACUACCACUCUGAUCUGAUGUUAGGCAUGCUUUGGUGUUGACUGUGGACUGAAAUGUGUGUUUGAUAUGAGAGUGCAUGUUGAGCAAGUGGAGGUGAUCUGUACGUUGAGAUGUUCGGGUUGUUCUCGGGAAACUGGAGUGUGACCUUAUAAUUGCUGGACGGAAUUGGAAAACAUUUCCGUACAAAACUCCUUAGAGUUUUUGUCCAAAAGAAAACAGGAGCAGGAUGUGUCUUGCUGGCGAAUGUGCAAGUGUGUUGGUGAUGCAAAUUCUGUUAUUGCACUGAGAGAAAUGUAUGAAAUUUAAAAACUGAUGAAAGUUUUGUGCAUUUUUAUAAAUUCCACAUUCCGUCAUACAUUUUAGUUUUUUUUAUUUAUGCUGCCCUGACAGGUGAUCAAGAGUACAUAUCCUACAUUAUAAUCAGACCUGGCAAGUGACACAAGCUAUAAAAAUCAUCAUUUUGAAGUGCCGUGCAAACAUUUGUGUUCUGGCUGAAUCCAAACAUCUCUAAACAGAAGUGUUGCUUCACAUGUUGUGUGCACAUUCGGCUGGAAGAGCGUGGGAAAUAAAACCUGAUAACAUCUUUUCCAAUCAGGUUUCCUUCUGCAGGUCUGAUAAACACGUAGUUACCUUGUGUCUUCUAAGUAUUGGAAGUAAACUCUGGUUUUGAAAGUCAUCUCAAUCCUGUUGUCCACUGGGAUCUCCUGCUGUCACUUCCUUUUGCCUCGCUAUCUAAAGCAUGUUCAACAAUCCACUUUAAAUGCCAACCGUAGUAACUACAGCAAACCAAGAAAGAAGGUACAAUCAGCACAAACUGAAGAAAGAAGGACUCUGACCGGAGCUGGAGAAUCUGGGACGAAAUGGCAAAAAAGGAACUUCUUAAAGCAGUGGCUUGUGUUUAACUGUGAACAAUAAAGAUCGUCUUCAAUGUUUUGCACUACAA